AUGAUUCUGCCACUCUUCACACCGAAAAGCUUCCUCGAUGCUGCUCGAUUUGACCCAGUGGAUUCCGUGACAAAUACGUCUGCGCUCUCUACCGACGACGAGCUCCUGCUCGAUGCAAUGAUUGAACGCUCAGGAGCGAACUCGUCCGAAUCUACGCAUUUAUUUGCCAGGAUUGCACGGAAGCUGCCACUUGUCCAGCAGAGGUCCUUCUGCCGCCUCAGCAAACUGGACGACGGAUCGACUGUCAAGGAAUUUGCCGAGCUUCCAGGAGAGGUUCACUGGUGUGGAAGAGCCCGGCGGAGAAUACAAGCUCACGUUUCCCGGAAACAGCUGAGGAAAGUCACCCCACAGGCGGGAAUGUUUGAGAAUGAAGAUGUGACAUAG